AUGGAUGGACUAGCAGUUUUAAAUGAUAUUUAUGGUAAGACUUCUAGGACACAGUAGAAAAUGCUCAAAUAAGAAGAUUAUUAAGAAUUGUUAAAGGUAUUAUACAAUGAUAAAGAAGGAAAUGUAACUUAGGGAUCUAAACAGGAGCAUUUACUGAAGCUUAAGAAAGUCAUAGAAAGUUAGAAGAUUUAACCUAAUUAGCUAUCCUAACUUACAGAUUAAUUGACUCUAAUGCGACACAACUUAUUUAUGGAUUCCUAUAUGAAAGAUAAUAAACUCGCCAGAAUUAACACUGAUAGAAAUAAAAUUAAGACUUAAAUUGCAUUUAACACAGAUCCAAAUAAAAACAAUUUCAAUCUGCUUUCAAAAAGUACAAUUAAAACCAAUGUUGAAGGUUAAACUCAAAAUACAAUCUAACAAAGAAGCGUUUAGACCUCCAGUAAUUUUAGGAAAAAUGUUCGCAGAGUCAACCAUAGCUUCUAGGACAACUAUCAAACUUACAUGGCAACUUAGGGUGUUAGUUAAGAUCAUUAGUAGGACCAGCCUAAUCCUUUCAUUAGCGCCCAUAAAUAGUAAUAAAAUAAUACAAUUAAUACAGCUGCUAACAUGCCUCAAAUUAAUAACAAUUAUCCUCAUAUAAAACCUAGAUAUAACGAAUUUUUGUCGUAUUCAUAGUAGAAUUUUGAUCCAAGAAAUAAAGUAUUCUCAGCUCGAGAAUCUAGAUCAACUGACUAUAGAAUGAGAAUGUCAUAUCUACAAAGAACACCUCCAGAGACCUAAAAACAAAAACCAAUGAAAAAUAUAAUCUAUAAUAAUCUCCCAUUUAGAUCGGAAUCUCAAUAAAAUAAGAAGUAAACUCAAAUGAAAUCUGACACUAAGCUUCGUAGAAGAUUAUUUAUAUUUGAUCAAUAUGUAGCCGAUCCUAGUCUUAGUAUAUAUAAAAUAUAGACAAGAAAUGCAUUAUAAAAUAUUAGAUCAAGGACAUUAUAAGAAGAAGGUCAAAUAGAUAAUGAAAAUGGUGAAUAAAUUAAAGAGCAUUAGAACUAGUUGGAAUAAUGUGAAAUAAGGCAGCCAUAAAAACUUAUUAAUGGCUAAGCCUAACCAAAAAGUAAAAUAAUCACUAGAGUAUCAGUUUCAUCCAAGCAACACAAGCAACACAUGUCUUCUCAAUCUAGUGUAAAACAAUAGCAUAAUUAGAUUUACUACACUUAAACAGGCUAUGAUAAAUUUAAAUAACUAAAUCAAGAUAUUAAUGGUCUUGUGAAUCCCUAAGGCAUUAAAGCACAGAUUAACAAUCAAAUGGCUCUUCAGUAAUUGAGACAAAUGGCUGAGGAUCAAUAAUUGAUAAUCAACAAACUUAAGACAGCAAGAUAGCAAAGAUUAAGCAGCCGCAGUCCCAUAAAAUAAAAAAUAAAUAAUGAUAAUAACUUAUAGAAUUAAUGA